CUGCGGCAGAGAAUUGCUGCCAGGCUGCAUUCUAGGAUUUCCAAGACGAACAGGCCACUGCUCGAUUGCACGGCUGCAACUGCACGCCAGCACGCCAUCGAUGCGAUCCAUGGCUGCCAUACGAGCGCUCCUGCUGCUGCUCUGCGCGGCAGCCUUCGACUACAAAUCCAUCUCCGUCAACGCGCCACGGCGCAUCGUCACGCAAGACGACAUCGACGCGAAGUUCGAGGAGGUCGAUAAGCCGUAUGCGUUGUAUCCCGUCGACGGGCCGGCCGAGGAAGGAUUAUGCGUCCUCGCCGAGAUAUCACUGAGCUCGCCCGGCUUCGAAUGGAAACGGGAUAAUUACAUUGUGGAGCUCCUCGACGACCAGGCCGAACCGUUUGCCGCAGUGUCGCUGGGGAUCUGUAGGGCCGCUGUUUGUGCCGGAGAAAAGAUUGAUUUCUCCUUUGCGGUGGAUAUCGACAUGCGAGCCGCCCUGCUGCCCGAAUUUGGCGAAUUAGAACAGGGCACGACGUGCGCCUGCCGCGUCGCGGUGCGGCGAGUAGUAGACAAACAAUUAGACUAUCGAACACCCGACGAAAAGAAGGCAAUAAUUGCCGACCGCAUGCGGGCGCGAGCUGUCAAGGACUCCGAGGCUGUCGCCGUCGCGCUUCUGCGAACCGCUGCCCAGGACGCGCUCGGGCCGGACUGGGCGCGCGACGAGAAUCUUGCGGAGGACGCCGUCCCCGCGUUUCUCCUGGGAAACUGUGACUUGCGAUGGGUCGACGCGUGAUUUAUAGUUUACAAAACGGU